AUGUCGUAUCAAUUGGAGAGAACGUAUGGGCUGAAAGCUGAGCAUUGGUAUCGUCCAGAGACAAAUUUGUCUAGUCUAGCACAACAACACUUUCUCGCAUCGACACCCGACAACCAAACUCAGCAAUUUCUUGACAACUCAAACGAAAUCGCCAGUAACUACUUCUGGCAGACCGUUCGCAACAUCGGUGUGAUGAUUUUGUCGGCGAUGUACACGAAGACGGAUAUCAACGGAAUGACCGGAUUCGGAAACAUGUUCCUUUUCAGUGAGCAUCAAUUUGCCAAGUUCUUGUCAGUCGAGAGGUCAUCAUGGAAUGCAACUAGCAAAAAGGUUCUUGACCUCGGUGCCGGGAAUGGAGACAUCACUGAACACAUGAGACCAUUCUUCGGUGACAUUUAUGCAACCGAACUCUCACCGAAAAUGAGAAAACGCCUCUCGUCGAAAGGAUUCAUUGUUCUCGAUGCUCUUGAAUGGGCGAACACUGAUAUCAAGUUCGAUUUGAUCACUGCAUUCAACCUUCUCGACCGGCACUACUCCCCGAAAACGUUGCUCCAAGACUUGUGGAACGUCUCACACCGCUCAAACUGCCAUGUCAUCGUAUCGCUCGUGCUUCCAGUCAGUCAUUACGUAGAAUUCAACCCAAACGGAAAGAGCACACGUCCAGACAACUACCUCAAUGUGCAAGGACGCAGCUAUGCCGAUCACGUCCAUCACAUGAUUGUCAAUGUUUUCAAGCCAGCUAACUUUGAGGUUGUGAGAUGGACAAGAUUGCCAUAUCUCUGCGAGGGAGAUAUGAACAAUUCCGCCUACUACCUUCCGGAUGCAGUCUUCCUUCUCAAACCGAUUGCGCCAGCUGCAGAUGCAAUCCCAACAUCUGAGAAAACAACAACUCCUGAACCAUCAACUGCACGCACUGACCUUUGA